AUGUCAAGUAACCCGUGGGACAACCUACGAAGGGACCCCGAGUUGUGGCACCGGGACGGCAACUGUUACGUUCAUCUCUACGGCCAAGGCCGGAGCCGCAGGGGCCCUAGUUUCAAGGUCCGCUUCUCUAUGCUUCUGGAGACGGCCUGUCAUCCAUUGGCUGACCAAUUUAUGGCCCGCGAGGUUGCGAAGCCCGUAAACUAUGGCCGAGACGACGGUGGUGAACUGGCGAGGCGGAGUCUCAUUGAGCUCUUCAUCCCCGCGCCGCCUCAGUUAGACGAGCGACAGGCAUUCGAAUACCACCUGUCGAUUCGCAAUCUUUUCGCCUUUGUCUUCCGCAGGUCUAUGGUCGGAGAGAACCUGGGGACUACCCUGAUCGCUCUUAUGCGUAGUAUGCGUGAAUUUCGCAACGACAGUGUGGAUAACAUCAGAGACAUGAUGGAUUACCUAGAUGAAGAAGGAUACUUGAACCUAGAAAGAAGCCCAACUCACGCCCUAGCCAUUCUUCAUUUUGCAGAAGCCUUCCAGCUGACGGACCUCUAUAUCACUGCCUUUGCGCACUGUUGCGGUAUGAGCGAUCAGUUGUUUACUAUCCCCGAAUAUAAGCACGUGUCCCCCACUACUCGAAAGCUCAUCCGACGAGCUCAAGUUGAGAUGAAUCUUAAAUUAGGGCGGAUUUCGAGCAUGAUAGCAAGUUUUCUUCGUGAUGAGCUAUCCGAGGCGCACCUUGGUUUAUAUUCGGGUGCGCAGAUGCACCUUCAACAAUUCCGAUCUCUAUUACAAGAUUAUUACGCUGCCAAAUUUGGCUCAUACCCACCGCCGUCAAUCGAUCCCCGAACCACGAUAUUUGAAGCAGAAGUAUUCCGGAUAAUGAGCGACGAUUUCAAAGCUCUCAUGGAGUACCUAGUCGAUGAGACGCUCGGCACGACCCAUAGCGACCCAUUUUUGGCGCAAGGGGGGAUUUGGACGCGGCAGAUCAUCAGAUCGUUCGACACGAGACACGGGUUCACCACACUAAUACAUACUCUUCCCCGUCUUCCAAAGGUAUCGCAAGAGAGCAGCCCUAAGAGGAUCGCAUGGCUAGGCAGACAAACGAAGCUAAAGCCGAGACAGCGAGAAAUCACACUAGAUGCCCUACUUACUGCUGCGAACCACAAGGACGAGUUGCUAAAGAACGGGUUAGUGAGGGCAUAUCGCCGAUUUGAGGAAGACUCGAUCGACCCUCCAGCGAAAGGGGACAGGAUCGAAAAUCUGGGGCCCAUAGACGGCAGGAAAGUCCGCUGGGUCCUGAUAUAUGCGAUGUAUCAGGCACUGAGACAAGCCUCUGAAAUCCCGCCUGGGGUUAAGGAUGCGUCGAGGGCGCCGUAUCAUCUUUGCAUUUCUACGACCGACAUACCACCUUGGAGCAAGGAGCCGUCUUUAUAUAGUCUGACCCUACGGCGGCCGGACCGCUUAAAUCUUGGGGUUUCGGCAUUGACGACAACAGAUGUAAGCUCUAGUGAACGGUCCAAUUCUCCGCAGCGCAGCUUCGAGAUCAAACCAGACAUCGACUAUUUCAGCGCCGCACGCCGUGAAGACGCAGCAGGCGAGACUCGGGGCGGAAACACGCGGCUGCGUAAGACUAAGAGCUGGACGGAGAGUCUCACGAAGAGUCUUCCCUUUAACCUACCGAGGCGACGCUCGUCGUCUCGGCUAGCUAAACAGUUCGACAGGGAAACAAGACCGGGAGCAGCCUCGAAGGUGCAGCACGUCGAGAUCAUCGUCCAAGAUUAUGGAAACGGGAUGCAGGACUCCACAGCGGAACCAGCCGAACUGCCUCCACCGCCACGGUCGGCGACAUCGAUGGGAUUCUGCACAGCGAUCACCGAGGAAGACCUGGCGUCGGCGUCGCCUUCACGCUACUCGAGCAACGGCGACCUCAGAAGCUCCGCAGCAGGCGGCACCGAGACACUGUGCACGUUCAUCUCCGGGAUCCCGUCGGAAACUACCCUGUGUCUCCCGCAGAGCAGAACCUCCUGGAGCGACGAGGCCCACGAGUCCGUACAGCUCUGCUACACCAACAUCAGCGCCACCGCGACCACUACAACGCAGCAGUCACCGAGCCCGGAAGGCGACCGCGAUCUCCCGCACGACGAAGCAGCCCGACCAACUACUACUACUACUACGAUGACGACGACGAUAGAACAACCCAUUCCCCCGAAGGAGAAGCCCGUCAAACCGGCGGACGUGGCGCUGCCGAUCGUGAUGCCGUCGCCGCGGAGCCCGACGGCCUGGGACCAGGUGCAAGCGACGAUGGAGGUGGAGGCGCAGAGCUGGCGGACGACCAGCGCCGUAUACGACGUGAUGCCCGAGUGGGAGCAGUACUCGGACCUCGGCGGGCUCACCGAGCUAGUGCCGUCGCGCACGACCAAACCCUCGUCGUCGCCGGCCGCCUCCUCGUAUUCCCCUUCUUUAAUCCUCCCACUCGCCUGGAGGAAUAGUGGAGGCGGUGGUGCCGGGGCGACCUAG